AUGUUGCGCUGAGUAUUUCUUAUUUAAAUUCCCCGUUCUACUUUUUUAGUUUGUUAAUCCAGGUGAUUAACCAUUAGGGCUAGAUAGAUAUGUUAUGACAUCAUAAUGACAAUCACGUGCCACCUGUGUUGCUAUGACAACACAGCUGACUUGAGCAGGGUUUAAAGCUGUUUGUAGCAAAGAGCAGCCAGACUGGUGAUCACUUGCAACCAUGCAGAUGCUGAUUAUCAGUCUCCUGAUUCUAUCAAAUCUUUUUACAGUAAGUUCUAAUUUGUGCCCUUUUUUGAUAUUGGGAUUGUUAUUAGGCUGUUAUGGAACAUUUAUUUUCCCCAUAUUACUUUUCUGUGUUGACUAAUCUCUUAAUGGCCAAUUUGUCAAACCUCAAACUGGGGGACCCAGAGGGACUCCCAGCAGAUCUGUCUUUUUUUACCCAUUUAUCAACCCUCUACUGCAGUUUUCUAAUGGGAGUUGGUCAUUUCAUUAAACAUUCUCUUUAACACAGUUUGUUACUGGGCCACUGUGAUGUUUUGUUCCUCUUGUCAGUCCCUUGUCUGUUUCCCUUUGCUCAUUAACUGUGUUUCUUUUCAGCUAAAACAAACCAAUCAACCAUUACCUACAAAUAUCAACUAUGAGAAAAGUAUAAACGGGAAUGUAGAACCGACAGUUGCACAAACGGAAGAUUCCCUGAUUGAAGGGCAAGCAGUCCCGAUACCAGCAGAAACCCAGACCUCUGAUGACCGGUUCAUGGACAUCUCUUCUAUAAUCGAGAGAUUCGAUGCAAAGGAAGCCAAGGUACUGAAACUACUGGACUCGGUCUCAGCCACAAUUAAUGACAUCAGAAAAAUUGAAGAGAAGAUAAAGGACACUGAGAGUCGCCCAUCUGACAUCUCUUAUUUAGAGGAAUUGAACAGGAAUAUCUCUAAGGAGGGUACAAUCUCCAAAUACCUCUUCUGGUCAUGUGUAUUUGUAUCGGGUGCUUUGAUGUUCUCCCUGUGUCUGAAUAUAAAGUUGACCAGGAAGAACAAGGCUAUUGCUCGUGCCAAAGAAGCGAGGCCAAGUGUAGCAGCUCAGACUGACUUCCAAACGGAACGUGCACACCCAUUGCUUCAAGACAUGCUGAAGGCGCUGGACGAUAGCGGAGAAAGCGAUGAUGAGUCUGAUUUAGAGGGUGUUGACAUGGAAGAUACCAAGAAACGUAAAAAGAAACGCUUUUGUUUCAAUGUGCGUAAAUAUUUUGGCAAUUGUUUAAAACGGAGAAAUAAGAAGAAAAAGACAAGUGUAAACUUGCACCAUGAGACAUCAAAUGAGAGUGAGGAAUAUCUGAGCGAGAUUUCAGAUGAAACCGAGGAAAGCUAUAAUGUGUAUUCCAGUUCAAGCGAGGAAACAACAGAUUCGACAUCAAUCGAAACUGUGGGAAGCGAUGAGUCCAUAACUGCAUCCCCAGGAAAGAAGAAGAAACGCGGCUUUAACGUUCUGCUUUGCGGUAAAAAAUGUAAAACCCUUGACUCUGAUGACAGAGAAAGUAGCAAGGGCAAAAAGAAAUACAUAGGGCUUAAACUUGGAAAAUAUUUCUGCCGUUAUAAACGAGCAAAGAGGAAGAGAAGAGAGAAGACAAAGAAAUGUUUAUGGCGUUGGUGCCACCAUAAAGCAUCAGGUGAAGAAGAAGAGAGUCCGUACGAGACACCUGAUGAGAGUGAGGAAAGUAGUGAUGAGACUUUGGAUGUAACCGAGAAAAGUUAUGAUUAGACAACAUCAUAUGAAACAAUAGAAAGUGAUGAGUCCAUAUAUGUACCAGCAAGGGAAAGGGAAAAAAAGAACCUCAGAUGCUUUAAAAUUCUUCAUUUGUAGAAAAAACAAAAGUUUUCUGUUAAAUCCCAGAAGGCCGGUGAGAUAACUCAGCCAGGAGGACAUAAAGAGGCAAAAGCUGAGAGGGCCAAAAAGAAACAUUUGGGAUUUAAAGUUGGUAAAUAUUUCUGCUGCUGGUCCAGCAAAACUCAUCAAAAGAGAUAAAGCCCAGAAUGAUGUGAGUUGGCAAAAGAGACAUGUUUGCCCCUUAUAUCUAUAUUUUAUAAUAAAAUUUGAAACCUAGCCUUUAGCGUCUUACUCAUCAUUUCAAAGUUUUCUAGUCUAGGUCUUUAUUUUCUGUCUUCAUGAUUAGCUACAGGUUUUACUCUGUAGAAGGAACUUCCCCAACUCCUAGUUUGUCUUUUCUUUUAAUUACCCCAAGAUCACAGGCGGCUGGUGGGAAAGUGAUGUGGAAUGGGACGCUUUGUUACAUAGAAAAGGGUUUACAUGGAAAGGUUCUGCAGAGUCUCAUGGAGAGAUUCACGAGCAAAAGCCAUUGGAGAAUC